UUCAGCUCCACCGCGGCAUUGCCACCGCCCCGCUGUUGCGGGCUGCUGGUGAGCUCAGGCCCCAGAGCGGCUGGCCCGAGCAGCGGCUGGCAGCGUCUUACUGGGGCCUCUGCCAGGCAUCUACGGGCAGUUCAGAGGCCGCUGCUGUUUCGGAGGAAGUGACUGCCAUCCUUCAGUCCCUGGCAGAGCUUGAUGGCUACAGUUGGACACCAGGUUGGUCUGGAUGCCUUGACCAAUUAGUCGCAG